AGAAUAGUUGAGUGCACGUCAUAUAUUAUAUUCCUAAUUACCUUGUUUUCUAUAUGAAGACUGACUAAAUCUCGUGGUCGUCUCCACAUGGCUACCUAGCCAGCUAGCUAGCCAACCGACCCUGCUAGCUUGCAUUAGCCUUCACAGGUUAAAUGCUGCUAGCGGAUAGUUUUACCGGCUGCUGGCUUAUCUCCAAAGUCUGUUACAGUCUCAAGAGUAUGGGCAGUGUGUUGGCUGCCUCCUCCCCCAGUCCUGCCCCAGCUGCAGCUGGAGGUAGUCAAGGGGUCUCAGGGUUGGUGUCCGUCCCUCCAGGGUUCAGUAUGCCCUCAGUGUCUUCCGUCCCUCCAACAUCUGGAUCUGGAGCAGAUGCAGACUCCACACUCCCAAAUCCAGGCACAUAUGAGGAGUGUCACCGCAAAUGUAAAGAGGUGUUCCCUCUGCAGAUGGAUGGGGUGCGGUUAGUGGUCAACAAGGGCCUGAGUAACCACUUCCAGGUCUGCCAUACUGUGACCCUCAGUACCCUUGGUGAAUCUGGUUAUCGAUUUGGCUCCACCUACGUAGGCAGUAAACAGAUUGGACCUGCAGAGUCAUUCCCAGUCAUGGUUGGAGAUAUGGACAAUACCGGUAGUCUGAAUGCUCAAAUCAUCCACCAGCUCACGUCUACUGUGCGCUCCAAAAUAGCUAUGCAGACUCAGCAGCAUAAGUUUGUGAACUGGCAGUGUGACAUGGAGUGUCGCGGUGAAGACUUCACCUCUGCUGUGACGCUCGGAAAUCCAGACGUACUUGUUGGAUCUGGCAUCUUGGUGGGCCACUAUCUCCAGUCUAUCACACCAGCUCUGGCUCUGGGCGGUGAGCUCGUGUACCACAACAGACCCGGUGAGGAAGGAGCGGUCACCUCGCUCUUGGGCAGGUACACAGGGGACAACUAUGUUGCUACUUUGACUUUGGGAGGAGCAGGAGCUCAUGCUACAUACUAUCACAAAGCCAAUGAUCAGUUGCAGAUCGGAGUUGAAUUUGAAGCCAGCACAAGGAUGCAAGAAACCUCAACAUCCCUGGGUUACCAGCUGGAUGUUCCCAAAGCUAACUUGCUCUUUAAAGGCACAGUUGACAGUAACUGGAUGGUUGGGGCAACCCUUGAAAAGAAACUGUUGCCGCUGCCUCUCACUCUGGCUCUCGGGGCUUUGCUCAACCACCGCAAGAACAAGUUCCAGUGUGGCUUCGGCGUCACCAUUGGCUAGAAGUUCGGGGGCUGCCUGGAGCCAGCUCGCAGGCCACAGCUUGGACCGGCACAGAGACACACAGGAACCUGGACUAAGUUUUAGAAAUUGGAUUCAGAGACUCUCUUACAACUGUGACUUCUGGGGCAGACGGAGAGACAAAGACAACUUACCAAGGAGCCAGAACUGGCCAAGCCAUGCCUACAUUCUGUAGCACAAAGUCUUUCCUUUAAGGUGUAUUCAAUAUACCUGGAGGCUAGAGAGAUGUAUGUCAGAGGGCAUCAGUGAUGCAUGAGAACAUGUGAUGUGAAAAUCGGAGUAAGUGGUUAGACAUAAUAUAUGGUGAUCAUGAUCAUGUAUGAUGAUUAAAAUAAAUGUGAUUACUUUUUGUAAAAGUGGAUGUUGUGAUUUGCUUAUAGAAAAACUGGAUGUACAAAGUGACAUGAUGCUCAUUUUCAGGUUAAUAAUUUUAUUUUGGGGGUCUAUUAUACAAUGUUUACAUGCUUUAAUGUCCUCAGUAACUUCCUCUGGUGGGGUCUCGUACUGUGGGGAGAGUCCAGGUGGGUCUGGGAACAUCUCAUCUAACAUGAGCUUCACCAGGUCACUCGGAUAUCUGUAAACAAAAUAAUGGCGGAUUCCGUGUGUCAUGAUUUAGUAUUGUAAAAUAGUAUGCCAUAAUGUCAAACUAUAGUAUAAUAUGCUGUAAACCUUUAUAGCAUAGAGGUAGUAUGCUAUAAACAUGUAAUAAUAUAAUAUGCCCUAAAACAUGUAAGUAAAAAGUCUAGUAUAUAUGCCAUAAUAAAAUGUCAAAUACAA